CCAGCAGCACAGCACCAGAAACCAGCUUGGACUCAUGGCCUUAAAGUCCCGGGCAUGCAUCGUUCUGCAACUGCAAUCCUUUCUCUGAAACAAGCAUUGCUUCCUUCCGUUUCGAUCGUCUUCUCCGUGGCUCUCUUACCUAGCUACUAGCUACCCUACAAGCUUGCGCGCUCGUCUUUGCCGCCAUUGUUAGGCCGGACAGGUUUCAAGCCGCAGGUGGGCGGUGGCCAUACUGCCACCUGUUCAUAGAGAUCGAUCUUUCCUGUGUUCAUAUUGCCAUCGUGCCCGGCUCUUGCGUUUCUCCUCUGUUUCGCUGAACUUGUCAUGGUCCUUCCAUUGCUCCUCCCUGCUAGCCUCGCUCUUCAAAUCGGUCAUCACUGCUAUACCGUGUCGCAUCAUCGGAGCUGUUCUUCUCUGCAUCCGACAGUUCAUUCAUCCUUGUUGCUGAAUUGUUGAGAGAUCAGCCAGCUGCUCGCCCAAGAACCGGAGGUCGCUAAGUGGUCGAUCGGAUCAGUGUGGCCGACUGGCCGUUGCGCUGAUCGAGGCUGCGAGCUCGAUCCUGCAGUUCCCGUACGUUUUCGGCGGCGCAGGCAGGACAGCAGGAGAGCCAUGCAGGACGGUGCGGGAGCAGAAGGGGGCAUCCAGCUGCUCCUGACGAUCCUCGCCGACGCCGAGGAGCAGGCGCGGCAGCUCGGGGAGCUGGCGGAGGACCCGCGGUCCCGGGCGGAGCACUACCGGGGCGCGGCGCGGCGGCUGCAGGGCACGCUCGGGAAGGCGGUGGCCGUCGCCAAGGCCGUCGAGGCCGCGCCGGGGUCGUCGCGGGGCACCGACCGCUCCGACUCGCCCCGGUCGGCCGACGAGAGCUCGGGCGGGACGGCCGCCGUGGAGGCACCGGAGGGCCAAAUCCUGUGCAACAAGAGAAGGAAAGGGCUGCCGAGAUGGACGGCGAAAUUCCGAGUGCCAGACGCAAACUUGGAGGCCACACCUGACGACGGCUUCAGCUGGAGGAAGUACGGCCAGAAGGACAUCCUCGGCGCCAAGUUUCCCAGGGGUUACUACCGGUGCACGUACCGAGCCGCGCAGGGGUGCCCGGCCACGAAGCAGGUGCAGCGCUCGGACACCGACCUGUGCGUGUUCGACGUCACGUACCUGGGCGAGCACACCUGCCACCAGAAGCAGCGCCACGCCGCCGCGGUGACCGCGCACGGCCGCGGCGGGAGCCAGUCGCCGCCGCCGCCGCCGCCGUCGCAUCACGAGCAGCAGGACCCGAGCAUGCAGCUGGUGGUCAUGGGCUUCAAGGACUCCCUGAAGGUGGAGACGGAGGCCUCGCUUCUUCACCAGGAUCACGACUGCUACGACCACGGACCCGCCUCCGCGCCCGCCGCCAUGCCCUUCUCCUUCCCCUCCGUGCCGCCGUUCCACCACCACGGCGGCGAGGCGCCCGACAACAAUCCCGCCGCCGCGGCCUUCUCGCCGCCCGGGUCGAGCUACUUCUCCGCGCCGCCGCAUCAUUGCCCGGCGGUUGCCGGAAGCUACAAUGUGUACGACUACGAGGCGAGGCCGCCGGGGGCGCGCAUGGGUGGGGCGCAGCCGUCGGAGCUCGGCGAGGUCGUCUCCCGGGCGACCGGGCUCGACUACUCGUCGCUGUACCACCACGCCGAGGCCGAGGUCGACCCGCACCUGCCGUUCCCGCCAUUUGGCGGGCCUUCGCCUUCCCAUGGCCCGUACCAGUAGGAGGUCAAAGCGUGGACAGUGACUCAGUGAACACGUCUCGCUUCGUUCCUCUUGAGGAUCUUGCUUUUGCGGCCAGUAGUUUUCAGAGUCUUUUGCCACCUUAGGCCAGUAUCAGUGCUAGUGUCAUAAGAGUGUCAUAGACAUUAAAAUCUAUGACAUAUCAUCACAAUUGCUGAUGUGACAACAGAGUUAAGAGGAGAGAGAUGACUUAGGUCAUCACUUCACCUCUUACACGACAGGUAGUAGGAGACGUAGUUCAGUGUCCUCAGAAGUCAGCACUUGUUUCGCUUAGUUUUGUUUGAUCAUUUACUUGGAGCAUUGCGGUCUCUGUAAGACGAUUGAUGGACCACUUUUAUCUGUAAAUCAGUAUUCUAGGGUCUAUUUGGAAGGUAAGAAUCUUAAAAAGACAUUAAAAUAGCA